GCGCCCGGCGCUCCCCAGCCUCGCCAUGCAGCGCUUCACCGUCAACAUCAAGCUGCCGGCGCGGACGCUGACGGGAGCCCUCAGCGCCCCCAACAGAGGGGCGGCCGACUGGGGCUGGCAAGGUUUGAUUGCAUAUGGAUGCCAUUCUCUUGUGCUGGUAAUUGAUGCUGAUACUGCUCAGACUUUGCAGGUUUUGGAAAGACACAAAGCUAGCGUUGUCAAGGUUAAAUGGGCUAAAGAAAAUUACCAUCACAAUAUUGGCUCUCCGUAUUCUUUACGUUUAGCUUCUGCCGAUGUCACUGGAAAAAUCAUUGUGUGGGAUGUGGCCACAGGCACAGCUCGUUGUGAAAUACAAGAACAUGCAAAACCAAUUCAAGACAUGCAGUGGUUAUGGAAUCAAGAUGCUUCUAGAGACCUACUGCUUGCAGUUCAUCCACCUAACUAUAUUGUACUGUGGAAUGCAGAUACAGGCACCAAACUUUGGAAGAAAAGUUAUGCUGAAAAUAUCCUGUCUUUUUCAUUUGACCCCUUUGAUCCCUCACACUUAGCUUUGCUCACCAGUGAAGGAAUAGUGUUCAUCUCUGACUUCUCUCCUUCCAAAGCUCCUGCCAGCUCAGGGAAGAAAGUUUACAUCUCUAGUCCCCAUUCCAGUCCUUCUCACAACAAGCUGGCUGCUGCUACAGGAGCUAAAAAGGCCCUUGAUAAAGUAAAAAUACUAAUCAGUAAUGAAAAGCCAAGUGCUGAAUCUGUAACACUCAACGACUGUCUUCAGUUGUCAUUUUUGCCUUCUAAAAGGAACUACAUGCUCCUGUUGUAUCCCAGAGAAAUCUUGAUUCUUGACUUGGAAGUGAACCAGACUGUGGGUGUGAUUGCAAUCGAAAGAACUGGUGUGCCUUUCAUACAGGUGAUUCCCUGUUUCCAACGUGAUGGCUUGUUCUGCCUACAUGAAAAUGGUUGCAUAACUUUGAGAGUUCGUAGAUCUAACUGCAGUGUAACUGGAACUCCACAUGAAGAGCCAGAUGCAGACCCAGUUCAGGAGCUGGUUUAUGAUUUGAGAAGUCAGUGUGAUGCAAUCAGGGUAACCAAAACCAUUCGACCCUUCAGCAUGGUGUGUUGCCCAGUGAAUGAGAAUUCUGCAGCUCUCAUUGUCAGUGAUGGCAGGGUAAUGAUCUGGGAAUUAAAAUCCAGCAUUUCUGGCAGAACUAUACGUAACAGCAGUUCCAGUGCAUCACCUUUAUAUUCUCCUGUCUCCUUUUGUGGAAUUCCUGUAGGAGCAUUCCAAAAUAAACUUCCAGACCUCUCACUAGACAACAUGAUUGCAGGGCAAGGCACAAUUGCUGGAGAAGAACAGUUGAAGAAUUGUUUUCUACAAGAGGUACAGCUCAAAUUUCUGCUGACUGGGCUGCUCUCAGGACUUCCUUUGCCUCCGUUUGCUAUCCGCAUGUGCCCACCUCUUACAACAAAAAACAUUAAGCAGUAUGAACCAAUCCUUGCUGUUGGUACAAGUAAUGGCUCUGUCCUGGUGUUUCAUCUUACAAGUGGACUCUUGCAGAAAGAGCUAAGCAUCCAUUCCUGUGAAGUCAAGGGAAUUGAGUGGAUAAGCUUGACUGGAUUUAUUUCCUUUGCCACAUCAACACCUAACAAUCUGGGGCUGGUAAGGAAUGAGCUGCAGCUGGUGGAUCUACCAACAGGCAGGAGCAUCGCGUUCCGUGGGGAGCGAGGCAACGAUGAGCCAGCUAUUGAAAUGAUAAAGGUGUCUCAUUUGAAGCAGUACCUAGCUGUGGUCUUUAAAGACAAACCCCUGGAGAUCUGGGAUGUCAGAACAUGCACUCUGCUCAGAGAAAUGUCCAAAAACUUCCCAACAGUGACUGCUUUGGAGUGGUCACCUUCUCAUAACCUGAAAAGCCUGAGGAAAAAGCAGUUGGCAGCUCGUGAGGCCAUGGCCCGGCAGACAGUUGCAUCAGAUACUGAAGUUAGCAGCUUAGAAUCUUCUGUGAUCAGUUUGUUACAGGAGGCUGAAAGUAAAUCAGAGCUGAGCCAGAACAUCUCUGCCAGAGAGCACUUUGUGUUUACAGGUGCUGAUGGGCAAGUUUAUCACCUCACAGUAGAAGGAAACUCAGUAAAAGACAGUGCAAGAAUUCCUCCUGAUGGCAGUAUGGGUAGCAUCACAUGCAUUGCCUGGAAAGGGGAUAUCCUGGUUCUUGGGGAUGUUGAUGGGAACUUAAACUUCUGGGAUUUGAAAGCCAGAAUGUCCAGAGGCAUUCCCACACACCGAAGCUGGGUUAGAAAGAUUCGGUUUGCACCUGGGAAAGGAAACCAAAAGCUCCUUGCAAUGUACAACGAUGGAGCAGAAAUAUGGGAUUCAAAAGAGGUGCAGAUGGUGAGCAGCUUGAGAAGUGGGAGAAACGUCAACUUCCGCAUCCUGGAUGUGGACUGGUGUAGCUCAGACAAAGUAGUCCUGGCAUCAGAUGAUGGCUGCAUUAGAGUCCUGGACCUGUCCAUGAAGCCCUCGUGUUUUAGAAUGGAUGAGCAGGAUUUAAUAGAACCUGCAUGGUGUCCCUAUCUGCUUGUUCCAAGGGCUUCAUUAGCUUUAAAAGCAUUCUUACUGCAUCAGCCAUGGAAUGAAAAACACUCUCUAGAUAUUACAAGCAUUGAUUAUCCAGAGAAUGAAAAUACUAAAACCCUUCUUCAGGAGCAGUUGAACUCAUUGUCCAAUGACAUCAAGAAACUGUUGCUUGAUCCAGAUUUUACUCUCUUGCAAAGAUGUCUCCUGGUUGCCAGGCUGUAUGGAGAUGAAUCUGAGCUGCAUUUCUGGACUAUUGCUGCCCACUAUUUGCACAGCUUAUCCCAGCAGAAGCCUGCAAAGCCAACAGACACAACUCUCCUGCAAGAGCCCUUGGUCAAUCCCUUGGAUAUAUGCUAUGACAUACUGUGUGAAAAUAACUACUUUCAGAAAUUCCAACUUGAAAGGGUAAAUCUGCAGGAAGUGAAGAGAUCAACAUAUGAUCACACCAGGAAAUGUGCUGAUCAGCUGCUUCUCUUGGGCCAGACCGACCGAGCAGUACAGCUGCUGUUAGAAACAAGUUCAGAGAAUGCACAUUAUUACUGUGAUUCACUCAAAGCUUGCUUGGUCACAACUGUCACCUCCUCAGGGCCAUCUCAAAGCACCAUUAAACUGGUGGCAACCAACAUGAUAGCCAAUGGAAAGCUGGCAGAGGGGGUGCAGUUGCUGUGCCUCAUCGAUAAGGCUGCUGAUGCCUGCCGCUACUUGCAGACCUACGGUGAAUGGAAUCGUGCAGCCUGGCUUGCAAAGGUCCGUUUGAACUCAGAGGAGUGUGCUGAUGUGCUGAAGCGUUGGGUAGAUCACCUGUGCUCUCCACAAGUCAAUCAGAAGUCCAAAGCCAUUCUUGUCCUCUUGUCACUUGGCUGCUUUGCAAAAGUGGCAGAGAUGUUGCACAGCAUGAGGUACUUUGACAGAGCAGCUCUGUUUGUUGAAGCUUGUCUGAAGUAUGGAGCACUGGAAGCGAACGAUGACACAAAUAAAUUGAUCCAUGCUGUGUAUGCAGAUUAUGCCAGAAGCUUGAAGCUCCUGGGCUUUAAAGAGGGAGCUGUUCUUUUUGCCUCAAAAGCAGGAGAGAGUGGCAAAGAGUUACUGUCUGAGCUCAAACAGCCUAAGGAGGAAGUCACACAAGAGUAAGGUUUCUGUGUCUGAGGAGGUUUGGUUAUCUGGCAAGCUGAGACUGCUGUGUGAAGCUGCAUUUUCCCCAUGAUCACUGUAAAGCUGAUCUGUGUGAUUUGAGCAAUGACUGUUAAAUAUGUGUGUGGAAGCAGGGUUAACAACUGCUUUAUCUUUGGGGUUUGCUUCCCUUGUUUUCACCUUCCUGAGAAACAGGAGCCUGUGAUGAAGCUAUACAAAAAUAUCUUCAGCUGUAGCAGGAAAUCAGAUUUCAAAUUGUGCUGAGUUUUGUCCCUGUGUAAAACUCUCCUCCUGUUUACUUCUAAGCAGUCUUUACAGCUCUUUGUUCCUGUUGUAUUUAUUGUGUAUAAAUGAUUCAAUCUGUGCUAUAAGAACAUCUAAAUCUACUUAAAGAAUAAAUGUAGAUGGCAAACCACACUUUUAUUUCCUGGGAUGUGCUGUUCUCUCAGUCCAGUUCUUCUGUUGGUUUAGAGCAGUAGUUCUUCUGUUGGUUUAGAGCAGUAGUCCUUCUGUUGGUUUAGAGCAGUGCUUCUUCUGCUGUUUUAGAGCAGUUCACUCUCCUGUCAUUUUCAUAACAACCUAAAAGAGGUCUUUAGCAGCUCUACUUAUGAAUGUCUCUUAGCAUUCCAAAAAUCCAUGUUCUUGUUAUAGCCUUUGUUACUCACUCCCUGCACCCCUUAGGGACUGAGUUCUGCCUUGUGUCGACUGGUUCAUGGGAUCAAAGGAUGGAAGAAGAUCCUACCUCAUGGGCAGCAAGGUAGGCUCCUGCAGCAUACUCAGGAGACUGCCAGUGCUGUCUCCACAAUUCAUGUGUUGCUAUUUGAAGCUGUUGGUAACAAGAGGUUAGAAAAAAUAGCAUUUUGCAAAGCUCAAGUCUGACUUUUUAAACAGAUCCUUUUAUUACUGUCUUAAGGUCUAGGUACAUAAGGGUGCCACAAAUCACAGCUUUCCUGAUCUUUGUGCCAGUGUUUCUGUACUUGAGUGCUUGCUUUCAUGAUGGUUUCUUAUGUCAGAUGUAUCUUUUUGUUACUGACUGAAUUUUUUUCCAGCUGAGGAGCAGGAGCUGAUGUUAAGUUGCCCUUGCAAAGCGGAGCAGGAGCUGAUGUUAAGUUGCCCUUGCAAAGUGGAGCAGGAGCUGAUGUUCAUUUGCCCUUGCAAAUCAGAGCUUGGGGCACCUCAAAUUCAUUAGUGUUGGCUAAAAAAUAAAACAUUCUUCUCUCUGGCAAGUGGUUGGAGCUGCUGGAGUUCAGUACACAGCAGUGAAAAGAAUCAUACCAUGUAAAAGGGCUCAUGUUGGAGCGUGAUUUGUGGUUUGUCUGCUUUAAGUAACAGUGUAUUGAGUUCUCCUUAUGUUUGGGUAUUUGUGGGUAUGAAUUCUGUGCUCUUUCCUAGAGGAGUCCACUUUGGGACUUCUCUAACUCCAUAAGCCCUCUGGUUGAAAUCUAAAGCAGCACCUCUGAGGAAAUGGGAAAGGUUUCCCAUAGUGGUGGGGUUUAGACACAUUGAAGCUGUAAGUUUCAGUGCUCUAAGAAGAACAGCACUUUAACUGCAGGCUGUCUUCUUUCUUACCCACAUCUUACACCACAAAAUGCUUUCUGGUCAGUGUGUUACAAAUGUGGCCACACCUUACACCAGAAAAUGCUUCCUGGUUAAUGUGUUGCUUUAGCUUGGGAAAAUAAGUAUACAGUGAGAUUUGUCUUAACUGUUAACUGGUGAGCAGCAGAGUGGAGCACAAUUUACUGACAUUAACAAUGAGCUAAAUUCUGGCUCCUGUUUGCUACUACAAUACUCCUCAGUUCCUGCUCUUGUCUUUGGCAGCAGUACCCAUAGAGAGGGUUACUACAGAGUUAGUUUAAGCAGACACAAACCUGUGCUUUGUAGAAUUGUUUGUCAGUGGGUCUCUGGAAAAGAAACUGUUUUAAUAUCCACUUGGCUUUAUAAAUCUGAUGUUUGUAGCACGUUGCAAAGGCCUUUUAAUACUGACUGUUUCUAUAUACUUUUAAAUGUGAAGGUUGCAAACAGGGUGUGGAACCUUCCUAAUGAAAAUAGUGUGCAAAGGUGAUUGAAAAGUUGAUUUGGAUAACAAUACAGUCAUGCUGUAGUAAUAAAUCAGACUUGUACAUC